AUGGAGUUCGAUCCUUCAGAGGAAGGGUCUUACAGACCAGUGCAGGAGGAGGAGAUUGGUAGCCACAUGCCUAUCCAUAGCCAGGGGCGAGAUAGGAGAGAGGAGUCAUCCCGGGGUACAGCGGGUAGAACGCAGCAGGCGUUUUUGGAGCAAAUGACUCAGAUGCUCUGCGAGUUUACCGGAGCUAUCCCACAGCCUACACAACGGUCCCCACUAAAGAAGUUAAAAAAGUAUGGGGUCGUUGACUUUAUGGGUAAGAAGGAAGAUGACCCAUCUGCUACAGAGCAUUGGCUAGAGCGGAUUGAGAGAGUGCUGAGGCAUUUACAUUGCACACCAGACCAGCAACUAGAGUGCGCUCUGUCGUUACUACAGGAGGAAGCCUACCAGUGGUGGGAUACAGUAUCUAGAAUGAGAAAGUUAACGGUCUUUGAGUAUGAGAGAGAGUUUGUGAGGCUGGGUAAAUAUGCACGGGAGGUAAUGCCUACAGAGGCAGAGAGGUGCUGUAGGUUUGAGGAUAGACUGAACGAUAAUAUCAGAAUUAUAGUGACGGCACAUGGGUAUACGGAUUUCUCCUGGCUAGUGGCUGCAUCACUUAAUGUAGAGAGAGUAUGGAAUGAGGAGCAGUCUAGGAGAGAUAGACAACGAAAGAGGAGUUCUGGACAAGGUCAGUUCAGUACACCAGUUUCUGAGGGUAAGAGGCCCAAGGUUUCCCAGGGCCAGAGCCAGAGACAGGGGUUUCAGUUUACUCAGAGAGGAGGACAUUCCAGAGCGUCAGUGGAGAGUUCUCUUGGCACAGUGGUAGGGGGAUCUGCCUCCAUACCAUUAUACACCCACUGUGAGAGGAGGCACCGAGGAGAGUGUCGAUUAUUGACUGGGGGAUGUUUUCAGUGUGGAGCUACAGACCAUUUUCUACGAGAUUGUCCCCAUAGGAGUGUUUCUACUGCCCCACCAUCGACUGAGAGAUUUGCCCCUACAAUUCAGUGGGGCAGAUGA